AUGACCACCCUAUCACUAAUUUCUGGAAAUUGUGGAAGAAGAAAUGGAGGUGAAGAUCAUGGAUCAGAAUUCCUCCAUCGAUUUUCAGGAAAGGACCUUUUUGCUAGUGACUUACUUAGAAUUUCAUUUAGAAGGGGAGAUGGAAUCUGGUCCAAGGAUUUGGAAGGACAUAGGAUUAGAAACAGGAACAAGUUUUGUGUUACUGCGAAAAUUAAAAAGGGGAAGCAGUAUGAUUACCCAUGGCCUCAUGAUAUUGAUCCAAACAUCAGCAGUGGUCACUUGAGUUACCUGUCUCAUUUCAAGCCUCUGACUGAGAAACCAAAGCAAGUUACCCUACCAUUUGAGAAACCACUUGUUGAUCUUGAGAAAAAGAUUACUGAGAUACGUAGAAUGGCUGAUGAAACUGGUCUGGAUUUCAGUGAUCAAAUUGCUGCAUUGGAGAACAAGUAUCAACAGGCCCUGAAAGAUUUAUACAAGCAUUUGACACCAAUCCAACGGCUAUCUAUCGCUCGACAUCCCAACAGACCAACAGUUCUUGAUCAUAUUUUGAAUAUUACAGAGAAGUGGGUGGAACUCCAUGGAGACCGUGCUGGCUAUGAUGAUCCAGCUAUUGUGACUGGUAUUGGGAGCAUGGAUGAAAAGUCCUACAUGUUCAUAGGUCAUCAGAAAGGUAGGAACACGAAGGAAAACAUUGCUCGCAACUUUGCAAUGCCAACUCCACAUGGCUAUCGGAAGGCUCUUCGAAUGAUGAAAUAUGCCGAUCAUCAUGGAUUUCCCAUUAUUACAUUUGUUGACACUCCUGGGGCCUUUGCUGAUCUAAAAUCUGAGGAACUUGGUCAAGGGGAAGCAAUAGCACAUAAUUUGAGGACUAUGUUUGGUCUGAAAGUGCCCGUUGUAACAGUUGUAACCGGAGAAGGCGGUUCAGGUGGAGCUCUAGCCAUUGCUUGUUCCAAUAAACUGUUUAUGCUGGAGAACUCUGCUUUCUAUGUUGCAAGUCCUGAAGCAUGUGCUGCAAUAUUGUGGAAAUCUUCCCAAGCAGCUCCUAAGGCAGCUGAAAAACUAAGGAUAACAGCUCAAGAGCAUUACCGACUGAAGAUCGCUGAUGGGGUCAUUCCUGAGCCUCUUGGUGGCGCACAUGUUGAUCCUGCAUGGACUUCCCAACAAAUUAAGAUCACAAUUACACAGGCAAUAAAGGAAUUGGAAAACAUGAACACCGAAGAAUUGCUUCAGCAUCGGAGGCUUAAAUUCCGGUCAAUUGGAGGUUUUCAAGAGGGCAUUCCAGUGGAACCUAAACGGAAACGCAACAUGAAACCAUCUGAAGUUAACAUGCCAAAGGCUGCUGACAUAGAGUUGGAGAUUGAGAAUUUGAAAAAGAAGAUCCUGGAAGCAAAGGGACCAUCUGAUCUGAUUACAACCCAAGCAAUUGAGAAGCUCAAGAAAGAUGUAGACAAGGAGAUGACCAAUGCAUUUAUCUCAAUGGGAUUGCAAGAGAAACUCGAAUCAGUGAAGUUGGAAUUAUCAAAAGCCUCAAAAGACACAUCAAGUCAGCCCCUUAAUCGUAAUUUAAAGGAGAAAGUUGAUAAAAUAAUGCAGGAGUUUAACCAUAAUCUAUCGCAGCCAGGGGCGUACCUUGGCUUAAAGCAGAAGCUUGAAAAGCUAAACUUGGUUAGCAGGCUUAUCGAGAAAGAGGAAAGAAAACAGAAACUGAAAGCUGAGAUUAAUCAGAAAGUUCCAGCUGAGCUCAAAGAGAAGAUGGAACUUUUGAAGAAUGCUGAAGAAAAGAUAUCCAAAGGGGAACCAGUGGAUAAGGAGUUGAUGGAAGAAGUAGAGGCAGUUAAGAAAGAGCUUGUGGAGGUCCUAAAGUCAGCUAACUUGGAGGUUGUUGGGGUGACCAAGAAAAAUGUGGUCACCGCACCUCCAGAGUUGAAGGAGAAAAUAGAAAAGGUGAACACAGAGAUUUAUGAGGAAAUUGAGAGAGUAAUAAAUGAAGCUGGUAUUAGUGGAAGAAUAGAGGAGUUGAAGGCUGGUAUAGCAAAAGGCUCAAGUUCAGAAGACAUAGAAAAAGCAGAAGCAAAGAUAAAGGAGGAGAUUCUUGCCACUUUGGAUGUAGAGACACUAAAAGAAAAGGUUAAGAGUUUGACAGUGGAGUUGGACCUUCCUGAGGAAACUGUUGCAGAAGGUGAGAUUAGUGCUGAAAAUGGCAAAUUUCAGUGA